UGUAGAUAGCUGUAUAAACAAGGAAGUCAAAGCUGCUUCACAAGCCCUUCCACAGCUGCAGGUCACAGUGUGUCGCCAUGGCGUCGUCUCUCGUCUCUGCAUUGGAGGAGAAUCUCAAGUGCACACUGUGCCACAGCAUUUACAACACACCGGUGAUUCUCCUCUGCACCCACAGCUUCUGCAAGUCCUGCUUAGAAGAGAACUGGGCUGAACAGAGAGCCAACGAGUGCCCACUCUGCAGGAAGAGGUCGUCCGUGGCGACCCCACCCGUCAACCGCGCACUGAAGAGCGCCUGCGAGUCCUUCCUUCAAGAAAGGAGCCGCAGGAUUACCCACAAGGCCGAGGGGCUGCUGUGCUCGGAGCACGACCUGAAUUUGCAGCUGUUCUGCAUGCAUGAUGAGCAGCUGGUCUGUGCCAAGUGUGUGACAGAACAGCACAACAAUCACAACUUCUGCUCCAUCAGCAAAGCUGCCAGUGAGAACAGGGAGGAGCUCAGAGGUCCUCUUCAGGAGUUACAGGCAAACCAUGUAGCCUUUGCCUCAGAAAAACUCACCUGUGUCUCCAUCUCCCAAGAAAUCCAGUCUCAGUUCAUGAACACGCAGAUGCAGAUAAAGAAAGAAUUUGAGAAGCUUUACAGGUUCCUGAAAGAGGAGGAGGAGAGCAGGCUCGCUGCACUGAAGAAGGAAGAGGAGAGAAAAGCUCAGAAGAUGAAAGACAGGAUAGAAGAGAUGGAUGGAUUCAUGUCUUCUCUCUCUAGAAGGAUCAAACACAUUGAGGAUCAUAUGAAUACUGAGGAUAGUUUAUUCCUAAAAAACCUUAAAGAUGUUGAAGAGAGUGCAGAGUACACAGUGCCAGAUCUAAAAGAGGACCAUGGAGCUCUGAUUGAUGUGUCCAAACAUCUGGGGAAUCUGAGAUACAGAGUGUGGGAGAAAAUGAAGGACAUCUGUCCUUACUAUCCAGUGAUUUUGGAGCCAAACUCUGCAAACAGCCGUCUUCACCUGUCUGCUGAUUUAAUCAAAGUGACCUGUCGGGACACAAAGCAGAACCUCCCCAAUAAUCGUGAAAGGUUUGCUGUAGACCCCGUCAUCCUGGGCUCUGAGUCCCUGGGCUCUGGAACACACAGCUGGGUGGUGGAUGUAGGGGAAAGCGAGAACUGGACCAUUGGACUGGUGAAAGAGUCUGUCAAAAGAAAAGAUAAACUCUCAGUGAGCCCACAGGAUGGAUUCUGGACGAUAAGUCGGAAUGACGGAUCGUACUCGUUCAACACAAGAUAUCUCGGAGCUGAGAGAGUGAGGAGAAUCCGUGUACAGGUGGACUGGAACAAUAACAAGGUGACUUUCACCAACCCUGAAUCCAACAUACAAUUACACACUUAUGCACAUACACGAGAGAAAAUGUAUCCAUAUUUUUCUACAAUCAGUGAUAUCCCACUGAAAAUACUGCCAGCCAAAGUUUCAAUGGCAGUUAGUUAAAAUGCUGCAGAUUUGUCCUGAUCUUUUUAAAAAUAUAACAAGAUAAUUAAGUGUUUCACCAAUUUUUAAAAAAUGAAUAAAAUGUAAUAGAGCAGCGUGACUUGCAGCCACCUUGUCUUUACAAAUAGCAACAACUACUGCCACCCCCUUAAAAAGAACUGUCCCACCACCCCACAAAAUGAGUUACCACAUCAGGCUGAGAAGAACACUGACCCUUCUACCCCAGUCAGAGAGUCUGCACACACUGACCCUUCUACCCCAGUCAGAGAGUCUGCACACACUGACCCUUCUACCCCAGUCAGAGAGUCUGGACACACUGACCCUUCUACCCCAGUCAGAGAGUCUGGACACACUGACCCUUCUACCCCAGUCAGAGAGUCUGGACACACUGACCCUUCUACCCUAGUCAGAGAGUCUGCACACACUGACCCUUCUACCCCAGUCAGAGAGUCUGGACACACUGACCCUUCUACCCCAGUCAGAGAGUCUGGACACACUGACCCUUCUACCCCAGUCAGAGAGUCUGCACACACUGACCCUUCUACCCCAGUCAGAGAGUCUGCACACACUGACCCUUCUACCCCAGUCAGAGAUUCUGCACACAUACCUGCAACACAUGCCGGGGCUGGUUUGUUUGUUUGUUUGUUUAUUUGUUUUUCUUUUCUUUUCUUUUCUUUUCUGAUCUACUACAAGUCAUGAGCUUGAGUACAAAAUAUUCUAUAGAUUCUUAGUAUUCUGUUUCCAUAUUUGUGCCACUUACUGCCUGUCUGAAAACAUUUAACUAGAAUAAUUAAUCCAGUGUGAAUUCUGGGAAACAAAAUAUUUAUAAUCAUAUAGAUAUUUCAGACAUUAUUAUUUAAAUGGAAUAAGUAAUCAUUUAUGUGUAUCUAAUAUUAAUCACCAAAAUACUAAAGCAUGCCUCAUGAUUUACUUGAUUAAAUAUACAUGUAUAUAUAUAGAUUAUACAUUCUUAAUAUGUUUUGGUAAUUACUACUGUAAUAACAAUCAGGUAUGUUAGAAUAUCCAGAAUUGUUUAAAUGUUUUGAAUGUCUUAUAAUACAUUUAUUUUCGGCAUAACUGGUUUGGUUUAUGGUGUAGCAUUUUUAUGUAUAACAUGUUUUCCAUGUUUUAAAAUUUUUCAUGUCUCUUAUGAUUUUGAAAUCUUUGACAUGUUGUCCCUGUCACCGUGUCUGUCCCCAUCAUGCUAUCUGUGCCAUUCGUCUUGUCCCCCCAGGUGUCAGCACCUGUACGUGUCAGAGAGUCUGUCCCUGUGUUUGUUGUUGUCCUGGUCACUGUCAUUCCCCCGGCUGUCCUGCUCGCGCUGGC